AAAAAAAAAAGAAAGGAAAGGCUCCCUGGCGAUGACAGUCUGGCGAUCAGCAUCAUGCGCUGUCAGAAGACUUGAGGCCGCGUGUCGCUGCCCGCGCCGCCCUUUCACGACCUCAUCUUCAUAUGCUUCAUAUGAUCCACAAAGACGGGACGCCAUCGUAGACCUGCUCAAUUAUGACAGUGACCAUCCGGAUGCGGUCGACAAGAUCGAACAAGAUGUCCGCGUCAGUGGCUGGGUGCGAUCGGUGAGGAAACAGAAGCAAGUAGCGUUUGCUCAUAUUGGCGAUGGAACGACGGCACGACCUCUCCAGGCCGUUCUGAAGCCGGAGCAGGCAGCAAACUUAUCCUAUGGUACGGCGGUGACGCUCAACGGGGCAUGGACACCGUCCCAAGGGAAAGGGCAAAAUCGAGAACUGCAAGUGACCAGCGUCGAAGUGCGGGGAGAGAACCAUGCCGAUAGCAAUCCUGUCCAGCCCAAGUACCAGACACCAGAGUUUUUGCGAACAGUGCCACAUCUACGCCCACGAAUCCCCUCCAAUGCUCUGCUUCUGCGACUGCGUUCGCACCUCAUCAGUACUUUCACGAAGUGGUUCGAUGGUCUCGAUUUUGUACAGACCCACACGCCCAUCAUUACCUCCUCCGACUGUGAAGGUGCCGGGGAGGUCUUUACGGUUUCGUCAAACGAUUCGAAGCGGUCCGGCCAGAAGACGCCGCCACAGCCACAGCAUGCAUCCCAGGUCGAGCACUUCUUUCGAAGCCCCAAAUAUCUGACGGUAUCAGCACAACUACAUCUUGAGGCACUUGCCCAGGCUGUCGAUCGUGUGUGGACACUCUCGCCCACUUUUCGAGCGGAAAAGAGCGAUACACCCCGACAUUUGAGCGAGUUUUACAUGCUCGAAGCGGAAGUCUGCUUUGCGACCGACAUGAAGCAGAUCAUGGAUCUGCUCGAGGUUAUGUUACGAAAUGUGACAGGCUAUAUUUCCGUCUCUCGGGUAGGCCAGGAGUUGAUGGAGGCGAGAAAGUCGCCAAAAGACCCACAACGCGAAGGAGAUUAUGCUGUGUCCGCCACGACGCUAGAUAAACGAUGGCUACGCUUGAUGAGAGCCAACUGGCCGCGCGUGACCUACCACUACGCCAUCAAAAGACUUCAAGCCGCCGUGGCAGACAAACAAGUCAAGUUCGCCUUUAAACCCACGAUCGAAGGCGGCCUGCAAGCGGAACACGAGCGCUGGAUUGCAACUACACUCGGCAAUGGCGCACCAGUAUUCGUCACAGACUACCCCCGCUCCCAGAAACCCUUUUACAUGUCGCCUUCGACCUCUACAGCCAACAGCAAAGGCACGAAUGACACUGUCGCCUGCUUCGAUCUCCUGGUGCCGGAUCUCGGUGAGCUGGCCGGGGGCUCCAUGCGUGAGUAUCGCUCGCAAGAACUUGUCAACGCCAUGAAGGCCAAAGGUCUCGCGGGGACUGGUAGCUUGGAGUGGUACCAAGACCUUCGCAAAUAUGGCAGUGUGCCGCACGGAGGCUUCGGUCUGGGUUUUGACCGUUUGCUGUGCUAUCUCAGUGGCAUCAAUAGCGUGCGCGACGUUGUAGCAUUUCCGAGGUGGCAUGGAAGAUGCGAUUGCUAAAGAUACAUGUAUCAGUCGGUCUGUAGCGCUUUGUACAAUAUCGGCAAACGAAUUUCCGUCUGUCCGUCCAUCCGUUCGUUCAGUGAUACUGUUGACAAU